GCAGCUCUCUCUCUCUCUCUCUCUCUCUCCCUCCUACCCUUAUAAUCAUUUCUUACGUUUCUCUUCGUUCUAAAAUCAAAAUAGAGAAUUUCUCUUCCAUUAAAAUCAAAAGAGAGAAUCAUUUCUUCCAUUUCUCUUCCUUAAAAAUCAAAAGAGCCCAUCUGAGGAAGAGGAGGAAGAAGAAGAAAAGCGAGAUGGGUUUGAUAAAAGAGAAGAAACCCAGAAAGAUAUGGAGAGUAUUAAAGACUAUCUUCUUCUUAAUAUCGAUGAUAGCUUCUUUACUCCUUUUCUCAGCUCCUGUUCUCCUUGUAAUAACCGAUGUUCUUCUCCCAUCGGCUCUCUUCUCUGCCUUUUUCUCUCCUCUCUCUUUACAAACUCUCUCUUCCCACCUCACAAACUACAAUUUCCGCACCUCAAUCGUCGACAUACCUCUACUCUCCAUCGUCCGAUCUGUCGCCAUCAUCUGCGUUUAUUGCCUUUGUGAUGGCCCAGGGCUUUCUCGUGGGCCCUAUUUGAGUGUAACCACGUUAUGCUCGUUGCUGUCUGUGGGUUUCAUUUUUAUGAAAGCAUGCGUUUUGGGAGUGAAGAUCGACGGUGGGAAAUUCACGAUGAUGAGAUUACAGCAGAGCUAUGUUCCAGUGGGAGAGUCGUGGGCCAUGGAAGCCAUGUUAUUUUGUUCGUUGAUCUUGGCAGUGGGCCAUGUCGUAGUUGCGUACAGGAUCAGCUGCCGGGAACGACGGAAGCUGCUUAUUUACAAAAUCGAUCUGGAAGCGGUUUCUGCUGGCAAGAUCGGCUUCCCUACAUACCACAAGGUCCUCCAUGAAGUCAGAGCGCAGAGUGAGAAAGUAGGACCUCCAAAGAUGAAAUAGUGGGCCAUACAGCUGUACGGCCACAAUCAGAACCGUUCAUGCGUCUCACCAUAUCAUGACCCAACAAUCCAUGGAUAUUUUAGUGAUCCUUUGUAUUUUAUUUUUUUAUUCAAAACAUGUAUAUUUGUAGACUAGACGGUUCCAUGUGCCAAUUGGUGUGCAGGAAAGGAAAUGGUAUACCAACCAUCCACUAAUCAUGGGCGGGAAUCCCUAUCCUAAAUUCACUCCUAUUCUUGAAAAUUGGAGGGAAUUGAAAUUUGGAUGUGUUUGGAAUUCUCUCCACCACCAAUGACCGGUGGAGAUCUCACGUAUGUAAUCUCAUGUGUAACAAUAGAAACACAUGAGAUGUAGACAUUUUUUUAAUUUUUAUUUUUUGAGAAAAAGAUACGCUGUAUGGAGGAGAAACCCCUUGUGAAUAUAAAGAGAUUUUAGAAGUUUUUGUGGA